CAAAGCAUGUCACGUGAGCUUAUUAGGUUUCACGUGAUCAUCUCCCUUCUUUCCUUCUUCAAUAGAGAGACAUAUCUCUUGUACAUCGGCCGACUUCAUAAAAAAAUAAACUUUUCCUUCCGUUUACUCUCUCUUCCGGCCGAUAGAAACUCAGGUUUGGUGUUUUCAUCUGGGCUUGCAAAUGGCUACAGAGACGGUUGUUCAUGAUCCGAGAAAACGUUCAAUGGAUGCUAUCCAACAAAGACUUCAAAAAGAUCAGCUUCGUCAACAACAACAACAACAACAAAAGAAUGAUAAAGACAAGAAGGGAGCUUCUGAUGAUGCCAAUGUCUCUUCUUCUAAACAACCACUUAAAGCUCACUCACUGCCUCCUACUCCUCUUCCAAAGAAACCAAUUACAAAAGAUCCCCAGGAUGAUGGUUUUGCUGCGUAUAUAAAGUUGUCUUAUCCCGUUGAUGACAAGUUGUUGGCAACCAAUGUUAAGUUGUCUAGUGGAAAGAAAAAUAUAGCUGACAAGGUUUUGCAUACUCUCCUCCGAAGCGGUGACUCUGCUCAAAAGUACUUGCAAGGUAAAAAUGAGAAGAAGGUGGAGGAGAACAACUACAUCCUUCUUGACAAUUUUGUACAGUCACGUUCCUCCGGUUCUACCAAAGCAUCGCUGAUGAACUCUAAACGUUCUAAAACCCGCAUGUCUAUGAAGCGGCUCAAGAAAUCUGGUGCUUUGAAUUUGCCACAGGAUCUCCAAAAGUUUGAUUUGUAUAAGCCGAUGCAUGGUAUGUGGGAAAGUUACAUGAUGAAACUCAUCAAGGUGACCGGGAAGGCUCAGCUAACCUCAACUCUUCUAUCAGCAGAUCUUCACGGUGCUUUCAUGUUUGUUGCUGAAUGCAAGAUUGCAUCAUUCACUGGUGUACAAGGCAUAAUGAUCCGCGAGACAUCCCAAACAUUUGGAAUAAUCACAAGAGAAGAUAAACUUCGAGUUGUACCGAAGAAGCCUUCUGUCUUCAUCAUCCAACUCGACUGCUGGAAAAUCACAUUACAUGGAGACAAGUUUACUUCAAGAGACAGCGUUCUUCAACGUUGAUGCUGAAACAAAGCAUAAUCUCGUAGUAAGCGACUAUUGAUGACCACUGAAGCAUCCUUAGUCUUGCAAGAUUUUUACUUGGAAAGCUUUCCUGAUGUAUGUUUUUACUGUUUUAUGUUUAUUAGUAGAAAUUUAUAAAAACAGAGAAAUCGAUCUUGGUGACUGAUAAUGUUAGACAAAAGGCACAGUUAAAGAUUCCACUUCAGAACAGAGGGGGAGUCUUUUGACUUCAUAACUUAAAAAUGAUAAAACUUUAACUCUA